CAGUUUCCACUCUGCCUUCAGCGGGGCGUUUUUUUUCCACCCUCCCCUCCCCCUCCUCGGCCCGCCUCCCUUCCCCCCGCCGCUCCGCACGCACACACACGACGCCCCCCACCCGCCGCCCACCCCCCCACGGCCACUAUGAAAUAAUAAUCGUAGUAUUAAAGGCAGAGAGCGCGGGGCGAGACAAUGGGGAUGCGGGCGAGGGAGCCCCGAUCCGGACCCGAAACACCUCCCAGCCCCGCAGAAUAAUACUGAUCGCGCCCCCUCCGCGCGCGCCCUCCCCCGAGUGCGGAGCGGGAGGAGGCGGCGGCGGCCGAGGAGGAGGAGGAGGAGGAGGAGGAGGCCCCGGAGGAGGAGGAGGCGUUGGAGGCCGAGGAGGAGGAGGAGGUCGCGGAGGAGGAGGAGGAGGAGGCCGCGGCGGCGGCGGCGGCGGCGGCGGCGGCGGCGGCGGAGGAGGAGGAGGAGGAGGAGGCCGGGCUCGGGAGGCGGCAUGAGCCGAGCGCGGCGGCCGCCGCUCCUCUCGGCCGCUCUCGUUGCCCAUUGACAGCGGCGUCUGCAGCUCGCUUCAAGAUGGCCGCUUGGCUCACAUUCAUUUUCUGCUGAACGACUUUUAACUUUCAUUGUCUUUUCCGCCCGCCGCGAUCGCCUCUCGCCGGCUGCCUUUUCCGGGAUCUUUUAUUACGCAGAAAUGCAUCGAACAACCCGAAUCAAGAUCACUGAGCUAAAUCCCCACCUAAUGUGUGUGCUUUGUGGAGGGUACUUCAUUGAUGCCACAACAAUAAUAGAAUGUCUACAUUCCUUCUGUAAAACAUGUAUUGUGCGUUACCUAGAGACCAGCAAGUAUUGUCCUAUCUGUGAUGUCCAAGUUCACAAAACAAGACCACUGCUGAAUAUAAGGUCAGAUAAAACUCUUCAAGAUAUCGUAUACAAAUUGGUUCCUGGUCUGUUCAAAAAUGAAAUGAAGAGAAGAAGAGAUUUUUAUGCAGCUCAUCCUUCAGCUGAUGCUGCUAAUGGCUCUAAUGAAGAUAGAGGAGAAGUUGCAGAUGAAGAUAAAAGAAUUAUAACUGAUGAUGAGAUAAUCAGCUUAUCUAUUGAAUUCUUUGACCAAAACAGAUUGGAUCGGAAAGUAAACAAAGACAAAGAGAAAUCUAAGGAGGAGGUAAAUGAUAAACGAUACCUACGAUGCCCAGCAGCAAUGACUGUGAUGCACCUAAGAAAAUUUCUCAGAAGUAAAAUGGACAUACCUAAUACUUUCCAGAUUGAUGUCAUGUAUGAAGAGGAACCUUUAAAGGAUUACUAUACAUUAAUGGACAUUGCUUACAUUUAUACCUGGAGAAGGAAUGGACCGCUUCCUUUGAAAUACAGAGUUAGACCUGCUUGUAAAAGAAUGAAGAUCAGUCACCAGAGAGAUGGACUGACAAAUGCUGGAGAACUGGAAAGUGACUCUGGGAGUGACAAGGCCAACAGCCCAGCAGGAGGUAUCCCCUCCACUUCUUCUUGUUUGCCUAGCCCCAGUACACCAGUGCAGUCUCCUCAUCCUCAGUUUCCCCACAUUUCCAGUACAAUGAAUGGAACCAGCAACAGCCCCACCAGUAACCACCAAUCUUCCUUUGCCAAUAGACCUCGAAAAUCGUCAGUAAAUGGGUCAUCAGCAACUUCAUCUGGUUGAUACCUGAGACUGUUUAAAAAAAAAAAAAAAUCCCCUGAUUUAUAUAAAUAUCUUCAUGCCAUUACUGCUUUAUAGAUGCUAAUACAUGUGACUAUUGUCCAAUUUGCUUUCUUUUGUAGUGACAUUAUAUUUGGCUAUAAAAGAUGGACUCAAUGUGGUAUUCAUAUGGAUGCCAACUGAAAAGAAAGGUUGUUGUUGCUAUAAAGAAUUGGUUUCUGAGAAGGCAGGCAAGUUUUUUUUUUUCUCUCUGUGUGUUAGGAAAGAUGUGAAAUGGUUUCUGUAACCAUUGUUUGAAUUUGAAAAUACUCUGCAGUGGAUAUAAACUUUGAGCCAUGGUUUGUUAAUCUCAGCUAACACCUACAUUACAUUCUCCUUGAUUGUUCUUGUUAUUAUGCUGUUUUGUGAACCUGUAGAAAACAAGUGCUUUUUAUCUUGAAAUUCAACAAAUGGAAAAGAAUAUGCAUAGAAUAUUGCAUUCUAUGUAGCCAUGUCACUGUGAAUAAGGAUUUCUUGCAUAUUUAGCCAUUUUGAUUCCUGUUUGAUUUUUACUUCUAUGUUGCUACACAAAGCCGAUCAAAGGAAAGUAAACUUCAGUUUUACAAUCUGUAUGCCUAAGAGCGGGUACUUACUGCCAUUUAUUUUACUGACUUGUUUAAAUGAUUCGCUUUUGUAUGAAUCAGAUGGCAUUAUGCUUGUUGUACAAUGCCAUAUUGGUAUAUGACAUAACAGGAAACAGUAUUGUAUGAUAUAUUUAUAAAUACUAUAAAGAAAAUAUUGUGUUUCAUGCAUUCAGAAAUGGUUGUUAAAAUUCUCCCAACUGGUUCGGCCUUUGCAGAUACCCUAUGUUUUAGCAUUAUCAGAAUAGAAUAUUUUUAAUGUGGAUAUCUAAUUCUAAAUUCUGUUCUGUUGGAAGGUCACAAUCCAGACUUUAGUCAUGCUACUUUUUAAAAUUAAUUGUUACAGUAAGGAAAACUUUUAAUUGAGGAAUUUAGAAAUCAUGUCUUCAUUGCUCAUUGCUUAUGAUGGAGUUGACAUGUUUUUAAAAUUCAUAUUGAUCACUGUAAUUCUAAAGCAAAGUUUUAAGUAAGCCACUGAAUUACUGGGAGAAGGCAUUUUAUCUAAAAUUAUCUUAAUAUGUUAUAUAGCAGUAACUUAAAAUUUGAGUUACUUUUAUCAUCACAAUGUAAAAUGCCUUCUCUGAAAUAUAUGGGAAUAGAAACAAUGAACUUCUAUAGGUAAUUUUUAAAUAGAGGGAACAUGUUGAAUUUAAAAUAAGAAUGACCCCAGCACUUCUCAGUUCAUUUUGCUUUGGUCGAACUUGAUGUCUGUUCAUCACUGAUCAGUUAUUUAUGAGGGUGUUUAUUCUAUAUGAAUAUUGUUUCAUGUUUGUAUGGGAAAAUUGUAGCUAAACAUUUCAUUGUCCCCAGUCUGCAAAAGAAGCACAAUUCUAUUGCUUUGUCUUGCUUAUAGUCAUUAAAUCAUUACUUUUACAUA